GCAGCAGUCCACAGCACACCAUGGAGGUGCAAUGGCUGCACCUCUGACCAGCUGGGCUGCAGAGUGACCCUCUGCAUCGGAAAUGCCUCUUUAGAAUAGUGUGUGUGUGAUUGUGUGAAUGUUUUAGUUUUAGUGUGUGUGUGAGCAAUGUCAUUUUGCAAACAUUAUUUCCUUUUUGCUGAUUUUGAGGACGACAAUGACAGAACUUUUUCGAGGGCGGUUGCAGUCCCUUAAAAUGAACUCUCAUUAAACUCUCUUUAAGGGAUAUGUCAGGAGUAGUAAAUGCCCUAUAACGGUCAUGUCUAACGGUUACCGUACUCUAUCACAGCAUCUAAAUGACCUGAAAAAGGAGAACUUCAGCCUCAAGCUCCGGAUCUACUUCUUGGAGGAGAGAAUCCAACAGAAGUAUGAGGAGAGCAGUGAGGAUGUCUACCGCUCGAACAUUGAGUUAAAGGUGGAAGUAGAGAGCUUGAAGCAGGAACUCCAAGAGAAACAACAGCUUCUCGACAAAGCUCUCAAAACAGCGGAGAGUUUGACUAAUCACAAUGAAGCAGAGCUGCAGAGACGCUGCCAGGAGAGGCAGCAGGAAAUCGACCAAAUGCAGCAAGUUCUUGAGACCAAGAUACAGCUCCUGCAGGAGGAGGCCCAGUUAGCACGCAGUGAGGCAGAUCUGAUGGCCUCACUGGCUGGAUCUCAGUCCCAGGCCUCGCUCCUGUCUCUCGACACACCCAUGGAUGACAUCCCAGAGGAGGAUAGGCAGCAGGACAUCUGGCCCCCAUCUAAUACCAGCAAAGACAGAUUGAUAGAAGAACUGACAAAAGAGCUUCGAUGCAAAGAGGCCUUCAUCACAGAGUUGACAAAUGAGAAGAAUUCUCUCACACGCCAAGUGGGGGAGCUAGAAGGCCAGGUCCAGGAGCUGUCUUCCUCUUUGCUACAAAAAGAUAAAGAUGUUGAUUUCUAUCAGGAAGAACUCGGCCGUGAGAGGCUACGCAUUGAAGAAGAGAUGCAGAGUCUUGUAGAGGAGCAGCAGAGUCAACUAAACCAGUAUGAGUGUGCAGCUGGGCAGUGUGUCAGUGAACUGCAGAAGGCCCAGCUCCAGGUUCAGUCUCUACAAGCCAAAUUCCACGAGAGUGAGGCCAACAACAUGAAACUGCAGGAGAAGCUCAAUGAGAUGGAGUGUGAGCUUCGUUUACUUCGUCAGUCAUCUCAAAGCCAGGAACGAACUAUUCAGGGCCUCAAUGACUGCAUCAACACCAAAGACAAUGAGGCCCAGGAGCUGUACCAGAUGUUGGAAGGGCAGAAUGCCACCCUUUGCAAAUUGAAAGAAAUGGUACAACGCAAUCAGUUGAGCCAGAGCAAGUCUCCAGAGGGCAGCACUGAGGCCCUGACAGUGGCCCAGCUGCAGGGUGAGCUGGUGGCUGUGCAGAGCUCACUGUUUUCCCUUGGUCUCGAAUUGGAAGCCAGUCAGAGGAGUUUGAGACAGAGCCAGAGGCGAGAGGCUGAUCUGCUCAAGUUCAAAGACAGACUCGAUUCAGAUCUACAGGAAGCUGUGCAGCACAGGGAGGUCACAGAAAAACAUAACCAGAGUCUCCACUGCACCCUUCAAAAAACCUGCUCUGAGCUUCAAACUAAAGACGCUGCUCUGAAAGAGACUGAGGCAGAGAAGCACUGUGUGGUGCUGGAGAAAGAAAGGACUAUUGCACAGCUCAAACAGUUUCUGAGAGAUAAAGAUGGGAAAUUACAGGAAUACUCUGAGAUGUUGGAGUCCUUAGAAAGAUGCAAACAGAGAGAUGUUCUUGUGGAGAAGUUGAGGGAACGAAUUAAAGAAAGAGAUAAAGCACUUGAGCACUCAAUUGAUGAGAAGUUCCAUUGUCUCGAGGAGCAUGAGAGCCAGGUGAGGAGCCUUCAGCUGGCUCUUAGGGAGAAGGAGCGUGACCUGGAGAGGCUCCGGUGCAUCCUGUCCAAUAAUGAGGACACCAUCACAAGUCUGGAUUCUUUAGUGCGGAGUAAAGAUUUGGAGCUGGAACAGGCAGCGGAAGCCUACAGGAACCUGCAAUGGCUGAAGCAGCACAGUGAGGAGAAGGACAUAAACACUCUAAGAGAGAGGGAUGCCAUAAUCAGCCAGCUGCAAGUCGCCCUGCAAGCACACAGCCAGGAGACGCAGGAUUUGACAACAGCUCUUGUUGCCCGAGUUCAAACUGCCCCCAAUGAGGUCAUAGAGGAGUUAAAGGCUAGACUUUCUCUAAAAGAGAAGCUUUUCCAGGAGCUGCUCUCAGAUCGCAGCCGCCAAUCAAAUGAACAUCAGGCUCAAGUUCAGGACUUGCUCGACACCAUCAGUUCCAAAGACCAGUAUCUGCAGGACUAUUCAUACAGGAUGUCAUUGGUGAUUACUGAGAGGACUGCUCAGUUGCAUGAAAUAGAGAAACAGUUGUCUUUAAGAGAACAGGAGCUUUGUAAACUUAAGCAAGACAAGGAGCUGGGAGGUGAUGUAGAGAAUCUUAGGAGUCUGCUCAAAGAGAAGGAUUCUCUUAUCAAGGAGCUAAUUCAGAGCCAAGAGGAGGCACUGGAAUCAUCUACAAAAGAAACAGAGGCCAAAACCUCAGCUCUGCAUGAUGAGCUGCAGCUGCUGCUCAAGAAGGAGAGAGCAGCUCAGGAGGAGGUCUCUGCUCUCCGAAUAUCAUUGGAACAUCAGCAGACCGCUCAACAGGGAUCUGCCAAAAAAUACUUUGGAGAAUACCAGUGUGUGUUAGAUCAGCUCUUGUCAGAGUACAACAGUCUAAAUGAUGCCUUGAGGACCGAGAAGAGAUUAUACCAGAGUCUAAACCAAAUUCAUAACAGGACCGACAGCAGUGCAGACAAGAUCCAGGCACUGCACACUGAACUGGACUCUGUCCAGGCGCUGCGUGGACAGUUGGAGGAGGUUCUAGCACGGACGCGUAACAUGGCUUUAAUGCUGGAAAGAGCUGCUAAAAGGCCAGCUGACAUAGGAGAGCUCAUCUCAGUCGUAGAGAAAGACUUUGAUGAUGACUGCAGCAGUGAGGAGUUUUCUGACAGCAUAGAAGAGGAGGACUGUAAAGUAACAGUGCACAGUUUUACAUCCAUCCAGGCUUCUGAGAUACAACAGCUUGAAGAAGAAAGGACAACACUUGAAGCUGAACUUGAAGAAAUCCAGUUACAGCUGGAGAGAGAUGGGUUUACUUCAUUUGCCCAUAUGAGGAGCACUUUAAGGAAGCUGCAGCAGGAAAAUUUAGCUCUUAAAGAAAGCCAUAACCAGACUAAUGUAGAGCAGUGUUUGAGUGACCAGGAAACUGAAGAUGAGCUGGAGACAGAGGGGGAAGAGGACAAGGAGAGUGAUGAAGAGGAGGAAUCUCCUUUUGCCAGUGAUCAGCAUCAAAAGAGACCUAUUCUAUCUUCCUAUAAGGGCAAUGUUGUUGGGGUGGGACCUCCCAGUAAGACCCCAGAGUGCUGGCAGGACAUAGAGGAGGGUCUGAGGGAACAGGCAUCCCGUCUGCGCUCUGAUCUGGCUCUGAGCUGUCAGGAGAACAGAGAACUGCAGGAGAGACUGAUGGUGUCUGAGGCCACAGUCCAUGCUCAGGCUGAACAGAUGAAAGACUACAGAGAUCUGCUGACAGAGACAUCCAUCAAACAGGCCAGUAAGCACGUGCAAGUGGAUCUGCAAGACCUGGGAUAUGAGACCUGUGGUCGUAGUGAAAACGAAGCAGAGCGAGAGGAUGCUAGUAGUCCAGAGUUUGAUGACCUAGAGAUGUGCACUGCACUGUCACAGCAUCAAGAUUAUGAGGGUGAAGGCAGAGGCUGGUAUGCUGGUAACACUGGUGACCCAGAGCCCUUUAAAACAAGAGGAGAUCCCAGCUCCCUUCAACAUCUGGUCCAAGAUCUGCGUUCUCAGCUCACACAUUGUCACAAAGUGAUUCGUGGACUACAAAUGAGAGUACGCUCUUUGUCAGCCACCAGUGAUUAUGCCUCCAGCCUUGAGAGAACCCCACGAAAGGUAAACUGGGCGUUGGCUAAAUCCCCUGCACCAAGUGGUGUGGAAGAGGAUGAAGGGUGGAUGUCCGAUCCUCAAGGAACGCUCUCAGGGUCCAGCCGCAACAAAGCACUUCAAGAACUCAUGGAAAGAGUAGCAUCUUUGGAAACCCAACUGAGAAACUCCAGGAAGGACAGCAAGGAACAAUCAGAAGAGACAAAAUGUGCCACAUGGCCUGGGAAGUACAAUUCUUUGAUUCAGGCACAAGCACGUGAACUGUCCCAUCUGAGGCAGAGGAUUAGGGAAGGCCAAGGAGUCUGCCAUAUACUCAGCCAACACCUGGGAGACACCACAAAGACUUUUGAAGAGCUACUUCGUUCCAAUGACAUUGAUUACUAUAUGGGCCAAAGUUUCAGAGAGCAGCUGGCCCAAAGCACUGCUCUGGCUCAAAGAGUUGUUUCAAAGAUUAGCGGAAGAGACUGCACUGAGAGCUGUGAUGAUAAGACAGCUACACUUCUUGCCUUAAGACUAAGUAAGGAGCUUCAGCAGAAAGAUAAAAUCAUUGAGUCACUCCACUCCAAGCUCCAGCACCGUGCAGAAACUCCUUCUAGUUGUCAUGCCCUUUCUGAAACCACCGACCAAUCAGACCGGACAUCUUUGGUGUCGGACGAGUUCCAAGGCACUGAAGACUUGGACUUGUGCUCAGAGGCAGAUAGGCCAGAGUAUCCAGGGGAGCACAGCCUGCAGCCAGGACGAUUUGGAUCAGAACAGAGAGCCCCAUUGCCCCAGCCCUCCUUUCCUUUUCCCUAUGGCAUUGAUGUUUGGGGUAAGGAGCUCUCCCCUGCCCCUCAACCCAGAGCUUUGUCUGCUAAUGCUGUUCGGCCUGAGCUGGACAUACUAUAUGAGAAGAACAGGGGUUCAUUUUCAUCAGGAGACCACAACCAACUAAACAUUCUCAACCACAGCCAGCUAUCCCAUCAUGCCUUUCAACAAUACCAAUUAGGAAUCCCGGAAGACUAUUCACUGAAGUCAGACUCUGGUUUAGUAACAGCAGGGCCUUUAUGGGACAUGGAGAGUAAGGCUCCACCAACUCUAAGCUACUCUGGAUUAACAGAACAUCCUGGUAACAGUCUAGCAGGGAUGCACUUGAUAGAGGAGCACUUACAGGAAGUGAAGUGUCUACGUCAGCGUUUAGAAGAAUCCAUUCGAACAAAUGAGAGACUGCGUCAGCAACUGGAGGAGAGGCUGGCAAGCACCGGGCGUGAAGGAGGAGCACCUACAAACAUCUACAUUCAAGGGCUUGAUACAGUUACGCAACUGUCCAAUGAGAUUAGAGUCCUUAAAGAGGAGAAUCAGGGCCUACAGUCACGUCUCCAGACAAGCACAGGUGAAGAGGUGGGACAGUUGCGGGAUGCAGUAUUCACAGCACGUGCUCGCCUUAAACAAGCAGAAUUGGAGGCAGAGCAGUGGAAAGAGGAGCUGAGGCGUCUACAGAUACAUAGUCAAGAACAGGGACAACAGCUCAAUGUAUUAAGGCAGGAGCGACAGAUGACCCAAGAGCAAAGCAACAGGCUUCAGCAUGACGUGUCUCUUCUGCAGCAGCAGCUGUGUGAAAGCAGGGACCUCAUCCACUCCCUGCAGGGUGAACUGCAGGUGUAUGACCAAGUGUGUGCUAGAACAAGGACAAGCAAAGGUUUCUUGUCUGAGCUUCCCAUCCUGCCAGUGGAGCUUGCGGAGCUCCUAGGGGAAGUGAGGAGUCUCCGUGCCCAACUGCAGAACAGCAUCCAGGAGAACAGCACCCUCAAACAGCUGGAGCAGAAACUGGGCUCACCCAGGACCUUGUGUGCCCUCACUGCCAGCCCACAGAGAGAAAGCUUCUACAAACGCCAGCUUCUGCAUGACACAUUUGACCCUCAUGCUGAGUUGGAGGGAGAGGCCCCUGAUGGAUCCUUUGCAAACCGUAACGGUCGUCAUGUCAUUGGGCAUGUGGAUGACUUUAGUGCCCUGCAGCAGCAGAUUCUGGAGGGCUGCAGUCUUGUCCAGCAGAUAGAUGCUACACUACAAUCAUGCCAGGGUUCAUCACUGAAAGAAAACUAUACGCAGGGCUGUAAAAAUGUCCUGGACGAUAGUUGCAUUAAAAUGUUAAUUGCCAACACCAAAACACUGAGGCAAAUCUUUGAGGAGGCCAUGUCUCUGCUGAAGAUGUUUUGGAGAGCAGCUCUGCCCAGCACUGAUGCCUCAAUACAGAGCCUUAAGAAGGAGCAGUGCCUUCAGGAGGAGAUUCUGUCGCUCAAACUGCGCGUGUCGGAGCAAGAAGAGGUGCUCAAAGGGACAAUUCAAAGACUGAGAAGCACCAGCCGUACAAAGGAAAGUAUGGAGCACUUCAUCGUCAGUCAGUUGUCAAGAACUCGAGAUGUGCUAAAGAAAGCCAGGACAAAUUUGGAGAAGAACGAGUUGAAACUGUCCUCUCUUAGCUCCUCCUCCUCUCCUUACACUGCUGAAGAGCCAGGAGAGUCUGCUAGAGAAUGGUCUUCUGAUUGCAGUGUCAUGACCUCCUGUGGUGCAGCCAAUCAGCGCUUUGCAACAAGGAAGCGUACCAGCCAAUGCCUGCUUUAGACUUAAACCAGCCUCAACGCUAUCACCUCUAAGCAAAAAAACAGCCAUGACUUCCUCCCUGGUUUUAAGCUCCAUCACCAGCCAUUACUUCACAAAAAAAAACAGUAAAAUAAUUUCAGCCUCAAAAGAGCUUCUACCCUCCCUUUGUCCCUUACAGACAAUACUCCCUCAGUAAAGUCUGCAAGCCUUACCUUGCUGAGUCAGCCAUGAUGUCUUUGAGUGAUUCAGUGAGCAGUUUGCCUUGCCAUGAGUGUGACAAAAGAAAGUGUUUGACAUGUGUCUCGAUGGUUUCAGAGACGUGCAUCCUUUGCAAGGAGCUGGAUAAAGUUGCUUCGAAAGUGUGUCUGGGUCUAUGGAUAAAAUAUGCAUUUCUAUGUUUUCUCAUCCAAACUCAGAUUUGUCUCUAGGAGCAUCUAUGUGAGAAUGAGCCAGCCAACCUGAAGGGAAUAUAUGUUUGUGCAUGUUUACCAGUGGCUUGAGAAAGGAAUCCUCACACCACAACAACAAAAACAAUAGUGUGUGUUAAUUAUCACUCAAAGACAAGAAACUCUCAAAACUGGCCAUCACAGAAAAGCAAGAGGCUUUUUAUGAGGACAUUUUUUUGCAAAUUCAAUGCAAUGACAUCACAAUGUAUUACUACACAGUGGAGGAAUGUAUGUCCAUGAUCACUGCUUAUUGGUUAUAUACUUGAGAAAAUGUAAGUAUAUGAGGAGAAAUGUGAAAAAUUUGAACCAAAAGUCAGAUGUUAGGAGUAGCUAAUAAUCCAAGUGGGUCUCUGUAUUAGCUUGUCUUGCACAUAACAAAAAUCAUAUUAAAAACAUGUAGAUUUAACUUCAAAUGUUUGCUUAACAUAUUCCACUGGAUCCACAAAAGGAGUAUUCAUAUUGGCAUGUGCAGUAAUUAUGUUUGAAUUAAUAAUUAUGCUGCACCACCAUUGUUUAAUUGUUUAACUGACUAGAAUUUGCCUUUGAUUAACUCUAGAUUUAUUAUUAGAUUAGUCCAUUACUGUUAGACCAUACAAUACUUUUUUGAGUGCAUUUUGUUUUUGAAAAUCAUGGCACAGGGGCUUGCCAGUAGUUGCCAAAGUUUGAGCUUUGAACUUCUUUCUGACUUGUCGUAUCCAUGUGAAAGCCUAUGGAUGACCAGAGACGGUAACUGUUAGACAUGAGUCGUUAAAGGCUCCUUUUUGGACCAAUGUUGUGAAGAGACAUUUGGGACCCGAUGCUUUGGGGUAAAGAUUUGUGGUAAACUUUUGUUUUGCCAAAUAACUUUUUAUUGUGUUAUUUCUCUUGGUUCAGACUUUAAGCAUUCCUGUGGAAGUGGCAAUGUAGAUGGGUUCUCAGAAGACACAAACUUUGGCAGACUACUGGUGGGGUCACUGUCCUCAUGUAUUUAAGUGAAACCUGUUUUAGUUUUUUCUCCUGCCAUUUAUGCUGUAAAUAAAUAUGUGUGUGUGAAUGGAGUGUUUUACAUUGAGACUACAUUUGCCUUUUUGCAAAUUUGUUAUCAUGGGUAGCUGUGCAAUAGCUUAAUUUGAAAUUGAGCAUAGUUUUAUGACUUUGCUACAUCUGUGUGAUUUAUAGGCAGUGUGUGGUACACUUUUGUUUAAGUGUAAUAGGGCGUGUGAUAAAAUAUCUUCAUGUUACACUACACAGUAUAUUAUCCACCCUAUGAAAGCUCUGAUUGAUGUUGCUUUGCUUGCCUUUGAGCUUUUAGCAGGAGCUGCUUCACUUUGAGGUGAAAUUGCCUUGAAAUAGUGCUUGUAAUUCUGAGAGCUGCCAAGUCAGGUUUUGUUUGCGCUCAAAUUCUUGUCUGUUGCCAAGUAUUUCAAAGACAGUGUUGGAUUUUCUAAAUACCAAAAUAUUGUUAAAACAAAGUAAACAAACAAAUAUGAGGAAUUGAGCACUUUGUUAGAGCGUAAACAAACCCUUUUGAUAUUUAUUAGGGAUUUGUACUGCAGUAUAUGUAUUAUUGGUUAUGAGUUGCGUUUGUAUAUACAGCUUCUAUGUGAUAGAGACUGACUUUGAGUUUUUGCAUUAUAAACUCGAAUAUGAGGCAGGAUUUAUCUCUUGCUUCCAAUGAACGUGUGUUGUGAUAACAACAAUGUUGUUGAAAUAAAGAAAUAUAUAAAAC